GGGAGGGCUGCUCCCUGGCAACCAUCCGGUGGUCUCCACCGCAGCUCUGCAGUGUGGAUCUGCACUCCCGGCUUCAGCGCACACCAGAGUGGUUCACGGGCUUUCUGACAUUAUGAAAGAGGGUGGAGAGAGUUGCUUGUGACUGAAGAGUGCCCGGACUGUGACAGGACCUCCCUCCCUCCCUCCUUGACCCACGUCUCUCCAGACCUUUCCCUCCAGACACUGGGGCUCCUGCUGAGCGACAGCAUCCUUCCUGGAAGCUUCCUAGAAACCCCGUCAUUCCAUGAAGAGCAUCGGUGGGCAGAAUAUGAGUAAGAAAAAGACCACCUAGGAAAAAGGAUCACAAACCUGAAAGCUGCAGAGGCUUUUGAAGAUGCCAGAGCUGCCCCCCAAAAUUUGGCCCAACGGCCUGUCUUCAGAGGAAAGACCGAUGUGACACCAGCAUGGCUUCCUGCUCCCGGUUCUCCUGUGUUGGCCAAGCUGGUUCCCUUCCCUUGAGCUUGACUGACCAGCUAAGACUGUGUCAUCGGAGACGUCGGAGUGUGUUUCUUUGUCUACAGGGCUGAGCUUGGAAUUGCCUGUCCCAGAGCAAGCAUCAAUGGAGCUGGGCCCACGAACAGGUACAACCACUUUGACCAGGGCCCGUGUGAACAACAAGGAAGGCCGGCAGGACACGGACUCCUGGAGAACAGUCCGCAGCCCCCCGGACACCUCCAAAUUCAAGUUCCAGGCCCCAGUGUGCCCGCAGACGUCCCUGCACCGGGGAGGCAGCCCCCUAGGGCGGGCCCACCUGGAGGAGGUCCGGCCUCCACCCCCUACGGCUAUCAGCCGGGACUCCCCCGGCAUGGACCCACAGCCUGGGUCCCUGAAGAAGGGGGAAUACAGACCGUCCUCGAGGGAGAGCAGGGCUUCCUUCCGAGAGGGGCCUCAGCCGUGCCAGAGGCUGGAGGAAGGCCCCGACGUGGGGGCCCAGGGCCCGAGGAGCCUGAGCCAGAGGAGCAGCAUCAUUCCUGACAACAUUCGCCACAAGUUUGGGAGCAGCAUGGUGGACCAGCUGGUCUCUGAGGAGCAGGCUCGAAGGGCCAUUGGCGAAGCCUUUGACGGCCAGAAGAGGGCAAGCUCGUGGCCCAGCAGGACCCAGAGUCCCACGCAAGUGUCCUCCAUCUUCUCAGACUACUACGACCUGGGCUACAACAUGAGGUCAAACUUGUUUCAAGGGGCCCCCCAGGAGACGAAGAGUCUCAUGAAGGCCUCCUACACCCCAGAGGUGAUCGAGAAGUCGGUGAGGGACUUAGAGCACUGGCACGGCAGGAAGACAGACGACCUGGGACGGUGGCAUCAGAAAAACGCUAUGAACAUGAACUUGCAGAAAGCGCUGGAUGAGAAAUACGGAGAGAAGAACAAAACCAAGAGCUCGAAGCUCUAGAUCCGCCCUCCACUCAGGAGAGCGCUGACAAUAAAGAAAGGCGCACGUCUGAGUCUC